CAAGAAAUAAUUUCCAAUCCCCGAUCUACACAAAACCAAAAUCUUCAAAAGCGCGGGAAAAUUCGCAAGGUUUGCCGCCACAAAACCCUAAACUGAAAACCACGCAAAAUUUCCAUUAGCAGCAACGCGCAGAAAUCUAAUUUUCUCUCUCUUUUCUCAUCUGAUUGUAGUUAUCAAUUCCAAUUUCGAGUCCAUUUUAAUCACUUUUCGUAAACCCCAUUUCAAUCCUUCAUAAGCUCUAAUUUAUUUACAAUUUUAAGAUCCAAGAAGGAUGGACAUGGAGGGCUUAUCCACUAUAUGUGCUGGUCUUGGAAUCAUCGAGGAGGACGAAAAUGGCAAUCGCAUUGGUUACACGAAAGACGAAUACUGUUUAGAUAAUUUGAAAGAUCUGCUUAGGUUUCUGAGACGUGAUGAUCCGCAGACGCGAGAAGUGUUCAAGCAAGUUUGUAAAUGGAAUAUUGUCGGCAAGGAUUUGGUACCCAUUAUUGAAUAUUGCCAAGAUGAUCGCAAUAUGGUGUUGAAUGCUGUGAAGGUUUUGGUGUUUCUGACCAUGCCUGUUGAACCCACAUCCAGUGAUAUACCACAACAGAUUGAGUAUCUUUGGGGGUUGAAGUCUUCAAUCACUCGCAGCGACACUGUUCCUGUGAUCGUCUCACUUCUGGAUAGUCCAUUGGAAAAUUUGGAAUGUGAAGCAUUUACAGAAGAUGACUGGAAGUUGGUCCAGCUGUUGCUUACUUUAUUUCGCAACAUUCUAGCUAUCCAAGAUAUCUCAGUGCUGCAGAAGGCUGGGGGAUCAGCUACACAGUUCUUGUUCCUCAGGGAUAGAUUUCUAGAACUUCUGUUCCGUGAGAAUGUAAUGGACUUGAUCUUAGUUUUAACACAACAUGUUGGUGGUUCCUGUGGCUAUCUCCGUCAAGAUAACUUGCUUUUAUUGGAAACUUUCCACUACAUAUUUAUGGAUCAAGAGCCAGAGUUGAUUUCCAAAGCAUAUUUAAAGUGCUCUAAGGUGGGCGGAGAUGCUGAAGCUUCUCUUAACAGUCUCAAAUCUAUUAUGGAAGCAGAAGAAGAAAAAAAGAAGCUCACCAGAUUACACAAAUUGAGUUGUUAUUCACAGUUUAGUGGAACCUUUACACGGCUUACCAUGGAUGGCUCAAAAACAUUACUCAAGGGGAUCCCUUGUUCUGCUUCUGGUGAUACCCUGCUCAAGCCUCAUAAAAACCCCCGAGGUCCAUUGAAAAGAAUGGUGUGGGACCACGGAAAAUUACCAUCAACAAAGGAUAAUCUUCUGGAAUUGCUCCAUGAUUUUCUUAACCAGUUUCUUUCAGGGGGUUACAAUGUUCUGAUGCAGUCAAUUCGUGAGGAUAUUGAGAAGGAACAUCAUGCAAUUCAGAACAGCGAUGUUGUUAUUUUCUUUCAGGUUGCUCAAUUUGUUACAUCUUUUCAAUAUCACAAGUUAUCGACUUCAAAGCCUAGCAUUGAAGCUGACACAAUUGAUGCUUCUGUAUCCCAUCACGCUGAUAGCAUGCUCUUUGAAGGCAAUAUAUGUGGACCAAUUGCAGCUUCAAUGAAUGAGCCAAUGUUCCUACUAGUCCUUUUAAAGUGGCGUAAUGCUUUUGAUGGCUUGAAGGAGACAAAUGACCACAAAUUUCUGUCUACAGCAGGAUCUCUUAUCAAAAUUCUGAUUCGCAUGUUAGAUUUAGUGCUUAAGCUAUCACCAGAAGAUUCUAAGGAGCCUCAGACAGCUCGUAUCCUUCUUUACAAGCUAUUUUAUGAUCAAACUGAUCAAGGGAUGACUCAGUUCCUUUUGAACCUGGUUAAAUCAUUUGACACUCACAAACAAGCCAAAAGUGAUCUUGCCGAUUUGGUGGAAACCAUACAUGUAAUUGUACGACUUAUGGAGAAUCUUCAAGCACGCGGGACAUUAAGGGUUUCUAGAAAGUCAAGGAAGAAGAGAACGAAGAAAACAUUGAAUGAGAAGAAGGAUGAUGUAGAUGAACCAGUUGGAAAUCAUGUUACUGUUCCGAAUGAGAUUGGCAUCUCUGGUUGUGAACCAUCUGUAGAUCUGAGCAUGUCAAAAAAGGAGAAGUCAACAAAUUCAAGUCCUGAUGGGAAAGGAGAGGAAACUCAUUAUCACCUUAUUGAGCCUGAAACAUCUGAUAAGAAUGUGGCAGUACUCGGGAACAACUUGCCAGAGAUGGAAAACAAAAAUUCUGAUCAUGUUGCUGUUCCAAAUGAGAUUGGCAUCUCUGGUUGUGAACCAUCUGUAGAUCUGAGCAUGUUACAAAAGGAGAAGUCAACAAAUACAAGUUCUAAUGGGGAAGGAGAGGACAUUCAUUAUCACCUUAAUGAACCUGAAACAUCUGAUAAGAAUGUGGCAGUACUCGGGAACAAAUUGCCAGAGAUGGAAAACAAAAAAUCCGUUCAUGAUAAUGAUGAUCCCUAUUAUGGAACAGACAAUUCUUCUGGUGAUGAGCAGCUAGCUAUGACGGAUGAAGUUGAUUUUAAGGUAUCUUCUUUGGUAUCUGCCCUUGCAAACAACAACAUUAUUCAAAAUUUGUGUUGGUUGCUGAAGUUUUAUAAAAGCAAUUCUACCAGUACAAAUCACUACAUCAUUUCUAUGUUAAGGAGAAUCUGUGAUGAACUGGAGCUUUCUCCAAUGCUAUAUCAGCUAUCACACCUCACCACAUUCUACAAUAUCCUGGCUGAGCAGCAGUCAUGUCCGUGCAAGGAAUAUGAGAAUAUUGUUGUAUUUCUGAAAAGUUUGGUUAGGAGGAUGAUGAGGAAAAUGAAAAGUCAACCCCUUCUUUUUGUGGAAGUACUCUUCUUGAAGACACGUAAAGAAUGCCAUUACAUCAACUGCGAAUCUUUACUGCAUGAGCUAGGUGAUUUGAAGAAAGAAAGCAGAAAAUGGGGAAGUCAUUCUAAAGACGACGAAGUUGGUUCAUCUCAAGGGAAAGGAUGGGUCCCCAGAAGCAUUGGAGAUGCACUUGGAGAUGAUGAAGCUGAUUUUGUUUUCUCUCAUGAGAUAGAUGAGCAAAAUGAGGGAAAUUCUGUCGAACAUGAGCUUGAAAGGGUACCUAAAAGAAGUAAAAGCCUUGUUCUCAAUGAUGAGCUGGAAGGAAAAAUUAUAGAUCUUUAUGAAAAGUACAAAGAUAAUCAGUACUGCAGUAGACUUAUUGCGGAAGCCCUUGAUCCGGAUGGAAAAGUUUCACCUGCUCAGGUUUCUAACAAGCUUAGACAGUUGGGAUUAAAAGUCAGACCAAAGAAACGGAUGCUUCAAGCUGGUGGGUCUAAUCAACUUGUGGAUGAAGGAAAGGUGUUAGGAACUGAUAUUCCUCAUUUAAAUGAUUUGGAGGAAACUUCAUUGCUGAGACAACCGUUGCACACCAGAAAAAGAGUACGUGCCUUUAGCGAGGACCAGGAGACGAUGAUUAAAGCUCUAUUUGAGCAGUUUAAAGAUCAUAAGAGGUGCAGCUACAUGAUUGCCAAUGCACUGGAUACUGAAGUCAAAUUCACUACAGCACAAAUUUCACGUAAACUCAAGCAACUUGGACUAUGCGUUCCUCAACAGAAGAGUUCAGAAACCCCCAUGCAUUUACGGGAUGAGUAUCUUGAUGAUCCUUUUAUAGAAGAGGCAAACAAUUCUGACAAUGAAACCUUGGUAUCUCUUCAAAAAAGUGAGGGAAAUUCUGUCGAACAUAAGCUUGAAAGGGUACAUAAAAGAAGGAAAAGCCUUGUUCUCAAUGAUGAGCUGGAAGGAAAAAUUAUAGAUCUUUAUGAAAAGUACAAAGAUAAUCAGUACUGCAGUAGACUUAUUGCGGAAGUCCUUGAUCCGGAUGGAAAAGUUUCACCUGCUCAGGUUUCUAACAAGCUUAGACAGUUGGGAUUAAAAGUCAGACCAAAGAAACGGAUGCUUCAAGCUGGUGGGUCUAAUCAACUUGUGGAAGAAGGAAAGGUGUUGGGAACUGAUAUUCCUCAUUUAAAUGACUUGGAGGAAACUUCAUUGCUGAGACAACCAUUGCACACCAGAAAAAGUGUACGUGCCUUUAGCAAGGACCAGGAGACGAUGAUUAAAGCUCUAUUUGAGCAGUUUAAAGAUCAUAAGAGGUGCAGCCAUAUGAUUGCCAAUGCACUGGAUGCUGAUGUCAAAUUCACUACAACACAAAUUUCACGUAAACUCAAUCAACUUGGACUGCAUGUUCCUCAACGGAAGAGGUCAGAAACCCCCAUGCAUUUGCGGGAUGAGUUUCUUGAUGAUCCUUUUACAGAAGAGGCAAACAAUUCUGACAAUGAAACAUUGAUAUCUCUUCAAAAAAGGAGCAAAAGCAAGCAGAACGAAAGAGAUAGUGAGGGGGUGCGAAGCUGGAAAAUUGAUGAAAAACUAUCACAAGAUCAUUCUGAUGAAGAAUUCCUAAGCUCUGUUUUGCAGAGCAAAAGCAAGCAGAACGAAAGAGAUAGUGAGGGGGUGCGAAGCUGGAAAAUUGAUGAAAAACUAUCACAAGAUCAUUCUGAUGAAGAAUUCCUAAGCUCUGUUUUGCAGAGCAAAAGCAAGCAGAACGAAAGAGAUAGUGAGGGGGUGCGAAGCUGGAAAAUUGAUGAAAAACUAUCACAAGAUCAUUCUGAUGAAGAAUUCCUAAGCUCUGUUUUGCAAAAAACAAGGAGACGAAUUCCCAAGGCAAUGGAUGUGAAGUCCACAACCACUUCAGUUAAGCAGAUUGUGGUUGAAAAUGACAAUGGAUAUGGGGAUUCUCAGGCUCUAAUAGGAAGGGAUGGGCAGGAACAACACACUGGGAUGGAAGCUGCAGAAACUGAUGAUGGUACUUUUGACCUUGCUGGCAAUGCAGAAGCUGAAGCAACUGGCAUCAGCAGUGGAAAACCAUUAGGUGUUGCAUCCGUCGAAAAUGUAGAUCAUUUGCAGUAUCAGCUAGUGCAUGAUAAAUUGUCUGAUGAGUUGACAGGUCUUGAGGAUGAUGAGACUCCUGUUGUAUCCCAAAAAAGUGUUCUAGUCAGAAGAAAGUUGCGGAUGGUAAUUGAUUUUGAAGAUGAUGAAUGAACUCGUUGUGGCUUCUUUUGUCAGAGAUCACUCUUCUGAUCAAUUUUGGUGGCGGUUAUAUGGGCAGCUUUUAAAAUGUGGUUUUAUAUGUUGUACAUAAAAGAAGAAUUAUCCUAAUGGCUGGUCGAGCAGUGAGCACAGAGAGAUGCAGGGCAUUAUGUAAAUUUACUCCAGCUGUUCAUCAGUGGAAGUUGGUCAUUUAGUGUCUAAAAAAUAGCUUGGAUUUUAUACCUAGAAUGCCCUCAUUGGAUUUUGCAGACUAAAAUUCAGUGUAAUAAGAUCAUUGUAUUUUGAUUUGAUAAAAUAUUGUAGAAUGUCGAUAUGCAAUUGGCAAAGGUGCAUCUUAAAUUGGCAACUGUGAAUC